AUGGAUCCAAGACACCGCCAGCCUGCUCCCGUGCCACGGUCCAACUCCAACUCCAAAUCCAACUCAUACCCAAACUCCAACAGCGCUUCUCCUUUCGCUCCAGCGUCAACGGUCGUGUCGCCGGCCUCGCACUCAUCCCAUCACCCGUUCGCGACUCACAACUUUGCACCGCUGUCUGCGUAUGCUCCCGAUCAUCGUCGAACCUCAGACACACCGUACUACCCGCCGGUCGCUCGCGCAGCUGUGCCAGCUCGGGAGCUUGGUCUCUCACAUUCGCGCGCGCAGAGCGCAUCAUCGCUCCCGUCCGCAAGGGAGCUCAGUCGCACAAUGGCUCCUCCGCCGACGUCGCCCUCGCAGGGCCAUCAAGGAGGACAGCCGCCGCCGCAUCAUCACCAGCAGUCGCAGAGCUCCAUGAGCUACGGACCACCUCCUCCUCGACCGCCUCCCUUGUCUGUUGGGCCACCAACGUCCUUCCCAACUGGAAGGGAGCUUCCAGGCUUGAGCUCUCUCACGAGAUCAGGAAGCAGCACUGGAAGCAGCUCCAUGUCUAUAUCUGCAAUGCUAGGCGGACCACCUCCUGCUUCCCGUGAUUCACAGCCUCCUCCACAACAUUACUCGCCUCAUGGGCAGCCUCCGUCAUCAGGGCCGGCAUACGGUCCUCCAAUGCAAGCCUCACCGCGCAUGCACUCUGCAUCGUCCGACUAUCCCCCAUUCCGUCGACCCCAAACUCCGGAUCACCCCCGACCUUACGAUCCCCGUGGGAGUGCUGCACCCUCACCUCACGGCCCAUAUGCGACAACCCCUGAUUUACAACGAUAUGGUACGCCACAAGGUUAUCACCAACGACACCCGUCUGCACCUGCCGAUACCUCUCGAGAACCCGGGAGAUUGUCCGCUGGUCCGCCACCGGGUCAACCUAAACCGCCACCAUAUGGCGGCAUGCAAGCGCGACCGAUGGAGGUUGGUCGACCGGAAGACCCCUACGCACGCCGAGACGAUGGACGACCACCUGCUCCAAUGGAAUAUAAUCCUGAGCGGCCACCAAGACCAUACCCAUACGACGAACGAUUUCGAUCAGAUAGAGACCGACAGCCGGCUGCCGAACAUCGCGAGAGAGAGGGAAGGGAACGAGCAUACUCAGGGGGAGCAGACUCACGUCGACAACACAUGUCUCCUCACGAAUUGGGGCAUCGAGAGACUCACCCUGGUCAGUCUCCUUAUGGCCGUCCUCCCGAGGCCCGAGAAGCUCGAGACCAGUGGGGACGACCAGCAACAUCGGAUCCGAAUUAUCGGCCACCGUUAGAACAUCAACGUCCACAACAUCCUGAAUACCCUCCUGCGUCUGGACCGUACUCUCACCACGGACCACCGUAUCAGGCUGCUCCUCCCGAUCGAUACCCGCCGACUUCACAUCCUCCUCACCAACCAGCCGGUGUUGCAGCACCACCUCCGCAGUCGUAUGAAGCUGAUCGGGCCCGAAUGGAUCAGGUCCAUCCACAACCACCACAGCCCCACGGGCCUCCUCGCCGCGAAGAGCCAUCAGCUGCUGCGUCUGGGGCAUACGGCCCUCCACACGGCCCUUCAUUCGAGUCGCCUCGUAAGGGGAGUGAUGACCAUCAUGGACCAAAUGGCCUUCAGCGAAACCUGCUGGCGGUUCAAGACAUUAAUCGCAAGGGGCGAAUGUCCCCUCUUCCUCAAGCAGUGCAAGGCGCCCAGCCGCAACAACCUGGGCCGGCGGCUGAGCCUGGUAUCAAGAGCGAAUUUGGUCGCAUGUUUUCUGGUAUUGGAAGCGGCGUUAGUGGUAUUGGAAUGUCCAGUCCAGUGACCUCUUCAGCUGUGACAUCGUUUCCGAGUCAGACCUCACAUCCUGGCGGUGUCAAACGCGACGAGCUGGAACACACUACCGUGGACUCCGGCCCAGACAAUGUUAAAGCUGCCAAACCUGGUAGAAGGCGCAAAUUGAAGGAUGAAGAUGCUCGAGAUGAUGACAGUUCUGGCAGACUUACUCCAGCAGGACGAGCAAACAAACGGUCCAAGCCACAUCAGCAUCAUCACCACCAUCAUCACCAUCACCACCAUCACCAUGCACAAGAUGCUGCACCUUCUUCACCGACGCCAGCUGCACAGUUUAAGAAUCUUAAAGGGAGCACGCCUACAGCGUCACCGACUGACAAGUCCCACCACCACCACCAUCAUCACCACGGACAAAAGCCAGGGACGCCAGCACCGACCAGCCAAGCGAAACCUGCACCACCCGUCAUACCACCAAAGACGAAGACUAUUGUGGCCUCCAAGUCAGUCUUGGAGUCAGUAGCCAACCGCGCCAGACAUCAUCUCGGAGAUUUCAUUUACGAACCCCAGCUAAAACCGGGGCGGCUCCUUCCGAACACGCCUACACAUAGAGGGUUCUCGUCGAAUCCCAAGCCGCUUCCAUGGGAUAUUAUCAAGGAUAAGGAGAACUGUAUCCUAACCGUCAAAGUCCCACUUGUGCAUCUCUCUAGUGUUGCUCGUGAAGAAAUCACAGCACGGGCAUAUCUGUGGGGAACGGAUGUGUACACUGAUGAUUCCGAUGUAGUUGCAGCGUGUAUCCAUGGGGGAUGGAUCAAGGGCGAAUGGACAGACGAUGUUGAUACGGCAAUGUUGGACCUGGAUGCAGGAACAGGCGAAGGAGGGAAGCGUAAAAGCAAAAUUCCAACGGCUGAGCUACCGAGUCGAGAAUCAGAGGGCGCCAUCACCAUGCCACCGCCAUCGGGACCCAUGGACAUCCCGGCAAACCGCGACUUGCACGUCAACGUCUUGAUUCUGCCUCGCCUCCUCAAGUACUCAGGCUGCACUCGAUUUGGACUGUCUAGUCGUGAGUUUGGCGGCCAGUAUGGAAGCCGACACUCCAUCCACGAUGGCCUCAGUUACAUGAUCAAGAGCAUCAGAUGGGUAGAGAACGGUGCGCAACCUCAAGCAAGACUACGUGGCAAAGCCAGGAGGGAGCGUAUGCGGAAGGCGAUGAAGGAAGUCACGGCUAGCUUUGGUAAUAUCAACGGAGUGGAUCUGGAACAAGUCAAGAAUCAUGCCUCACCGCUGAGAGGCGAAAUUACUGGCAAUUGGAGGAAGAAGGACCAAGCAGAGGGCGCGACCGAGACCAUGGGCGAGCAGACUGACCAAGAACGGGCAGGAAGCGAGGGAAAUAAGGAGAAUCGCCUGACGACACAAUCGGGAAACGUGGAAAAGGCGCCAGAAGGGACAAAUGAAACAGCAAGCAAUGAUGUGGAAAUGGCCGAAGCUGGAGAAGAGAAGAAAGAGCCGAGUAAUGGAGACGAAAAGUGA